AAAAUAGCUGCAACCGUCCGCAUAUCACCCCUGCCCCAUAUUGACACACAAUGAAACAUCCCACCCAUUAACUUUAAACCUGUUAAUUCCUGAUGCUCGUGCUGUUGAGUCUUCCAGAGAGUCACACAAACAUCUAAAGAUGCCUGUAAACUACAGCGGGACAUGGGACAUUGUCAGCAAUGUCAAUUUUGAGGGAUACAUGGUCUCACUUGGCAUUGAUUUUGCAACACGCAAGAUUGCCUCGAUGUUGAAGCCUCAGAAAGUGAUUAAGCAAGAUGGAGAUUGUUUCACAAUCAGGACAUUCACUACUUUCAGAAAUUACGAGUGUUCAUUCAAAAUUGGAGAAGAGGUCACAGAAGUGACUAAAGGGAUGGACAACAGGUCCUGCCAGACUGUGGUGAACUGGGAAAAUGAUAAGCUGGUGUGUAUUCAGAAAGGAGAAAAGAAGAACCGAGGGUGGACUCACUGGAUUCAGGGAGACGAGCUUCAUCUGGAACUUACUUGUGAGGAUCAAGUCUGCAAGCAAGUUUAUAAAAGGACUCUAUGAUCUUGUUUUUUAAAACCAUGUCCGACUUCAGAGAAAUGCAUUCACAGUAUUGAAUGAAAUGAGUUGGCAUAAGCCACACAAUGUCUAUAUGCUUUAUAAAGAGCAUGUCAUCUGAGUGGAAUAGCCUAGGAGUCUAAUUAAAUGCUGAAACAUUACAGUACCUCCUCCGGACCACAAGGUGGUACUGUAUAUUAAAUAUGCACUUAAACUCA